UCUAUAUGUGACGUAUGUGUUGUGUCUAGUAUGUUAUGAAUGAAUUAAUUCUUUUAUUAUAGUGCUAACAUUAUGAAUUGAAGACUUUAUAUUAUAUUAUCACAUUAACUUCAAUUUUCUACGUUUGAUGAUGAAGUGUAAACAGGCGUGGUAGGUGUCAGGGAAAUGAAUUCAGACGUGCAUCGCCACCAAGCGCACCCGCCGCUUGCACAGCACGGCGUCCACGCGGGUGCGCAGAGCGUGGGCCCCUGCGGCUGGUACUCUGCGUCGGCGGCGCCUGCGCCCACCGCGCCCGCCCGCCUCAAGCGCGCCCAGCCGCCGCACCAGUUGCCGUCCGGAGGUGGUGUAAGCGGCAGUAAUGGACCACAUGCACCACUAUCACCCACCGCAUUGCAGAAUUCCAUUCCACACAAUAAUUUAAUGACGUCAUCUGUGCGGACGGUGGCGGCUUCUGGACCUACACCCAAUAUUAUGCACACUUCACAGAUAUCACCUGUGGUAACAAAAGGCGCUAGCGAUGUGCUGGUCAACUCGUCGGCAAUUCAAAACCAACCGGCGGUUGGUACCAGACUAGUGAAUAUGACCCAAUGGCCUUGGCACCAUGGCGCGAUAUCUCGGGAGCGAGCAGAGGCGCUACUGUCUGGUUCGCCCGAUGGUGUAUUUCUGGUGCGAGAGAGUACAAACUUUCCCGGCGAUCACACACUUUGUGUGCGGUUCCGUGGACACGUCGAGCAUUACCGUGUAAAAUGGGCUACUGUGCCAGAAAGUCAGAACCAACGUCUUACUAUAGAUGAUGAAGAAUUUUUUGACAAUAUGACUGAUUUGAUUCAUCAUUAUUUACAAGACGCCGAUGGAUUAUGUACAAAAUUGCUACGGUGCCUGCCGAAAGCAGUUCCAAAUGGUGCAAGUAACAAUGGUUCUAUGCCGCCUUCAUAUCCUCCACAUCCCCAACAACCACCGCCGUACCCACCGACGCCGAGCGUGACGAGUGCGCUGAAUUCGGGACACUUCCAGCACACGUAUUCCAGCCAGCCGCCGGCUUCAGUCUCUGCGAACAUACCCGCCCCCGUAUCCUGUACAACUUCCGCCUCUGCUUCUGGAUCCACAGAUCAGACCGACAGCGCUUUACAGCAACAGAAGUUUGUUGACGCCCGCUGGCGAAUAGAUGAGCGAGAUUUGGAAAUUCGUGAAAAUAUUGGGAAAGGAGAAUUUGGUGAUGUAAUGCUCGGAAUACUGAAUGGCUCUCAGAAAGUUGCAGUCAAAAUAUUAAAGGACCGAGAGGCGGCCAGCAAAUUCCGCGCUGAGGCCAGCGUUAUGGCGUCUUUAAAACACGACAACCUGGUGCGACUUCUGGGGCUGGUAUUCAGCUCUAACGGUAGCACGUGUAUCGUGACCGAGCACUGCGCCCAGGGCUCGCUGCUGGACUACUUGCGAAGUCGCGGCCGGCACUACGUCACGCAACUCAAUCAAAUUAAUUUUGCUUACGACGCGUGCUGCGGCAUGGAGUACCUGGAGCGGCAGCGCGUGGUGCACCGCGACCUGGCGGCGCGGAACGUGCUCGUGUCGCACGAGGGCACCGCCAAGGUCGCGGACUUCGGGCUCGCGCGCACCGACCACGUGCAGGACGACCCCGCCGACGCGGCGCGCCUGCAGGCCAAGCUGCCCAUCAAGUGGACCGCCCCGGAGGCGCUCAAGUACAACAAAUUUUCAAACAAGUCUGACAUGUGGAGUUUUGGUAUUCUCCUCUGGGAAAUCUAUUCUUUCGGAAGGGUGCCGUACCCGAGAAUUCCGCUGGCGGAGGUGGUGCGGCACGUGGAGCGCGGGUACCGCAUGGAGGCGCCGGAGGGCUGCCCGGCGGGGCCCUACGACGUGAUGCGCGCCGCCUGGCACGCCGACCCCGCGCUCAGACCCACCUUCGCGCACACGCGCCGCGCGCUCGCCGCCAUCAGGGACGCCGCGCACUCACGUGAGCUUCAUAUGGCGGAAUAGCAGCGGCCUGCGUAAUAUGUUAAUAUAUUAUAAGUUAAUUAAGUGAUGUGCUGUGAAGGUACUGUAUUUUAUAUGUUACUCGAAAUAAAAUGUAAGUACUAAAUUAUUUUAAUAUCUUAAAGACACUCUCUCGCUUAAGUAAUGUAGACUAAUUAGUAUGUAAUAUAGGUGUGUCAAGGGUGAAUAUAUAGUGUGAUGGUAGUAAAAUACACGUGCUAUUACAGGGCUUUUAGCUGUAAGUCCUCUUUUUAGGAUUUCGACCCUGCAAUAGUAGUUUCAUAUUCAUUGUGUUAGGUUAAUAUAUGAGAGGGAUAAUGUUUGAAGGUAGUUCAGACGCGAACAGGUCAUCAAACAACGGUUUUCCCUCUUUGGCCACAGUGAUAAUAAGAGCUCAUACAUACAUUAUACCAGUGAGUAAGUUUAAUUAUGUAAUAGCCGCCAUACAAAAAUACAAAUUGAAUUAAUAGUUUAAUUACAUUACCUACAAAAUGUGUAUUUUCUCUAUGAGGCUAGUUCUACAGGUUCUGCACAAUGGAAUUAAAAUAAGAAUAGGGCUGACUGUCCGUUAAUUUUGAUAUCGCACGUACCGUCUUAGCUACAAAAAAACUAUAUAAUUUUGUGGCUAUAUAGAGUUAUACUAGUUACGUUUGUGGAUAAAAUAUAUUCAAUAUUUUUUUGUAGAUAAAGGAAAGCUUUACUUUUCAAGUGACAGAUCGACGUCAUAGAUAUUCCUAUUCUUGUUUUGGUUGCUUUGUCUUUUGAUGUUGAUGGCCUAGUUUACGAAUUAUUUUUAAUAUACUGUGAAGUUUCCACCCAAUAUGAACAUUGGUCGUGUGUCGGUACUAUGGUACUGUCUAGUCAAAGUAAAGUUUGUACGAUAAUUAGUUUUCACAUUAUUUACAACGGUAAGGUGACUGAUAACAUAGGAGUAAAAAAAUUAUAUAAUGUAUUUAUGUCAGUACGUAAGGAUUUAAAACGUUUGUUUUUAAUGCAAAACCCGCUAAUAAAGUUUUAAUAGAGUAACCAUACAAAUAUAUUCAUGAUCAUGCGAUAUAGUGAAUGGUGGGGACUUAUUAUGAAUUUCUAAAUAAAUUUGUAUCAAUGUUUUUACGUUAAUCGGACAAUGUAAACAAUGAUCUAAAACAUGGUAUCUUUCCUGAACCUCUCUUUGGUAUAUAGGAAAUAAUUAAUCUAACUUAGUAUGAUAUUAAUGUGAAUUCAGUACAUUAAUAUAAAUUUAUAGUAAUAGGAUAAAUUAGCCAUAGAAUUUAUUCCAGGUUGCAAAUGCCAACUUUAUGGUUGUGUGUAAAUUAUACUUUUCUUAAUAUUUACAUCAUAAAUGUCGAAACUUAUUUUACGUAAUAUAGUCCGAUUGUAGUAUUAACAUCUGUCGUGGCAUUUGAAAUUUUCCGAUACAUUUUUAUUUUAGUAUGCUAAUAAUAUGUGAUGAUGACAAUGACAAUGGAUUGCAUAUAUAUAAUAUAAAUAAAUGGGCAGAAUUUAACGGAUUUGUUCAUUCAAAUAAACAAUUAAUUCAUGAUAUUAUUCAGAUGAAUUACUCCACAUUAAAAGCCUUAAAAAUAUACUAUGGUUAUAUAUUUUUUUACUGAAAUGAAUGG